CCUGAGUGGCACUGGUAGCGAAAUUCUCGGAAGACACGGUCAAAAGCCUGGUGAAGGCUUUGACAUGCAACUUUUUCAUAGUACAAUUGCGAAGCAGGCUGUGCAAAACGCACACCGCGGUGAGUCCUUCUUCUUGUCGCUUCCGGGUGACAACACGCGCUCUUUUGCCUCCGCAGUAGGACCGUCUGAGAAAGAUAUAACCGCAACCUUUCAGCGAAGCGAGUACGCCCAUUUGCAGGUCUGUCAAAUGCCGUGUCCGCUGGACGAGAUGCCAAAGACUGUUCUCCGCGUUGCAACAAAACGAGACGUGCCCACCUCGACUACGCCUUUAAAUGCAGCUGCAUUCGGCAUAGAUGAGACUUCACCAAGACCCCUUCUACCAAUUGAUUUCUAUUUCCGCGAGUUCUUUGCUGAGUUCCGCAGCGCAGGCUCCGCUGAGGGCGCUCUGUCCUCUGUUUCACACUCGAACUCGAGUAAAGACAGCAACCUUGGAGAGACGAUGGCCGCCUAUCUGAAUAUUUUAGAAAAAGCUGCAAGAAAGACCAGGACGAAGGACUCCUUGAUGCCUCAAUCUCCAAUACAC